CAGCCAGUGAUCAAGACCGGAAAUGUAGCAAUUUUAUCGCCGCAAAGAAUUUUGGGAUAUCACCGGAAGCAGUGGCUAGGUUUUCGAAGUGUCCUUGCGCACUCACCUCGAAAUAAACACUUUUGCCAAAAUGUACAAGCAACUUAUGGGUCUUCAGCAGCUGUCCAGGCGGACUAUCUCCAGUAGUGCCCGCAGACAGGUGGACAACAUGGUCAAAGAGAAGCAGAAGCUGUUCCAGGCAGAUAACGGGAUUCCAGUCCAUCUGAAGGGAGGAGCCAAGGAUGCUAUUCUGUACAGGCUAACAAUGGCCCUUACAGUCUUUGGAAGUGGAUUUGUCGUGUAUGAACUCCUCAAUGCAGCCAUGCCCAAGAAGGCAUGAGUGCCCUUGUCCAUGUCCAUCCCUACAUUAAUGUUCUCUGUUGUGCAGAUAUGUAUGAUCUGGGAGAUUAUUUGUCCUGUCAAUAAUGCCAAUAUGUUUCAUGCCUGGGAUCAAUAUUUAUUGAUUGUACAAUUAAAGUACCAUAGAUAAUAAAACUACAAUACGAAGUCA